UAGAAGUGGAGGUGGAGGCAACAAACAACCACUGGCUUUGUAGAAGUGCACCCAAGUCAAACCGCACCCAAUGGGUUGCCACUAGCGUCAGUUGAGUUCAUCCGCGAAACUCCACGGAAUUACACAACACCGGGAUAAAGCGUCUCGUGAAUGUGUGUAAUCAAGAGUCAGUGCGAUAAUCGGUUGAAAGUGAAUUCGAAUCGUAUCGAUCGAUUUUUUCAAUAUCUCCAGUUGUUUUUUAUCUUUCAUUAAAGUGAUAGAAGGAUUACAGUUUUUUAUAAAUGCUUGGGAUGUAUCUUGACGACGGAGGAACGAUCGUUACAUCAACCCUGAGGUUGUUGCUCUGAUAUGUGAUACUGGUUUAUAAAUCGUUUUGCGUUUGGAGAUACUGAAACAGAGUCUCGAGUGUAAAAUGCAUUCACUAUGGUUUUUUAUUGUGAUAACUAUUGUGAGGGGCCAGGACGAGGUGUCGACGGAUACACCCUCGAUUUAUUACACUGAACCGACGAUUCCAAGGGAUGACGCCAAGAGUCUCACGGAAUUUCCUGGAGGACAUAUCAUCAGUGGUCAGAGGAUCCUGGAGAGGUCCAAGAGUCCUUAUCUACUCAGGGAGGAUCUUUAUGUUGAACGCGAGGGUGAACUCGUUGUCGAACCCGGUGUCGAGAUCCGGUUUGCCCCGAUGAUCGGUAUCACUGUUCGGGGCAUCAUCACUGCCAAGGGUGAGACAGGUGAGCCGAUUGUCUUGACGAGCUCGGAGGCCCCGUCCAGCCAGCCUGAGCCGAGGUCCAUUCGCCUGGUGGAUGGACCAAGUCCCCUGGAAGGUAGAAUACAACUUCUCCAUCAGGGAUCAUGGCGAUCUGUCUGCACGAACUCCCGGAACUGGACUCGAGCAGAUUACGAGACAGCGUGCAGAGAGCUCGGUUUCCAGGGUGGCGGUUGGUCAGGUUGGCUGGAUCGGUUGUGGCCAGGAACACCUCGCCUUCUCUACGAGGAGCCAGGAUGUCAGGGGACCGAGUCGUCACUGCAGGAGUGUCAGCAAUGGUCAGCUAGACAAUUGGGUGCUGGGGUGUGUGACUAUCAUCCGGACCUGAGCAUCGCUUGUUCUCCAUAUCACGAUGGGGCAGGCCAGGCAAAAAAUCACUGGAGAGGAAUCAGAUUCGAGGGGGCUGUCUACGACAGGCCGUUGAUCCAGGAGAACACAUUCUAUGUGAGAAGAUCCCGGUCGAUUCUACGGCAUGUAACCAUCAAAUACGCGGGAACGGGUCGAGACUUAAACGCAACAUCAGCACUCCACGUGGAGGGGGUUCCCCCGCAAAUGUCGUGGCUCUCGAUUUUGCACUCCUCGUACAACGGCCUGAACGUGACAAAUCCAAAUGCACCAAUAGUCCUCUCGAACUGCACAAUCCGCAAUAAUCAGGGUUAUGGUAUCUACAUGAAUAGCUCCCGAGGCCUAGCCCACGUCGACAAUUGCGUGAUCCUAGACAAUUCUGCAGAUGGAAUAAAAUAUGUUCACAAUGACGAGCGUCCAAGCGACAGACUGGACAGAGCAAAUCUCCACGACCUGUGUACAUUCCCGGCUACGACUAGCCAAACAUUUCCAAUAACAAUCUCCAUGGAGCAAACAAAGUACUCUCAAAAUAUACAGCAUUGCCCCCAGCACAUAUUCACACGUCCAGGUCACGUGCUGACGCUUCAGUUUCUUGAGAUGAGAACAGAUCGAAAUGACAGUGCGACUAUCGAAGUUCACGAUGGCAUCUCCCCGAGUGACAAACUCCUGGCCCUCGUUAGUGUCAGGAACAAUACAUUACCUCAGAGUGUCACAUCGAGCCGACAGAAUUUAUACAUCAAAUUCACAGCCCAACCGAGAACACAGAUGGUUGCUUUCAUCAGGUUGUCGUCGGGCUACCGAAAGCUUUACGAUUUGAACGUGUCAAGCAGUUCCAUAGCUGACAACAAUGGCCGAGGAAUAGCUGUCGAAAACAUCCGUUCGUCCCUUCACAUUCACGAUACAUCAGUCACCAACAGCAAUCACGUUGGUGGUGUCCAUGUGCUCCGAGGUGCUGCUGAUGUGAACAUCACAUCAAGUCGAAUAUCAUACAACAAUGGUGCAGGCAUCAACAUCACGAUGACCGGGGGCUACCGCAACGUAUCGAGAUCAACGAUAUCAUCUAAUCAGGGAUAUGGCUUGGCUGUUUGGCUCAACGACAGCAUCUCCACGGAGUACAUUCAUUUCAAUCAAACGACUGUCGUCGAGUACUCGGAAAUAUUUCGGAACAAAGACAUUGGUGUCUUGAUUGGCAACUCCACUGGCACAUCGUACGUCAACAUCACUGGCAAUUGCUUCAACAGUAGUUCUGAGAUAGCUGUUCAGGUUGAAUCCAACUGGAGGCACAAUCAAGGAAUUCUCAAAUUACAAAUUGGCCACAAUUUAUUCAUUGAAAACUUCAAAGUCGGGAUUAAAAUGGCACCUGCGCUGAAUGUCGAGGGUAGAAUUGAGUACAAUCAUUUCAGGGAGCAGAGGUUCGGUGGUAUUCUUAUCAGGAAUCCAAUGUAUGAAGAGUUCAAUGUACUUCCCACCGAUCUUCUGCUGCAGUACAACGAGUUUUACAAUAAUCGUGGCAUUUUCGUCGUCAGCAUUGGUCUGUCUCCUUACAGCGACGUCCAGAAGCUGGUGUUCACUCGAAAUUUCUUGAGGGAUAACUUCAUCAAGGCGCCUUUCGAUAACAGUGAUAUGCAGGGGUCCAGGCUGGUGCCGAGAUCAAGGGUGGCAGCUGUGGUUGUCAUAUCUUCCAGCAAUGUCCACGUAUUCAGGAAUAUUCUGCAUAAUCUUCACUCGCAGUACGAGAUUGGAUCACAUCUGGAGGACCAGAGCAAGAUUCUUAAUUGCACGUACAACUGGUUGGGACACAUCGAAGAGGAGAGAAUACUGGAGAGAUUAUUCCAUCGUAAAGACAGAUACAAUCUAGCCAAGAUCGAGUAUCUUCCUUAUCUUCUGCACAGCAGCAAUCCAGCAGCGAAUACUGUUGUUGAGCGUCCGCAGUUUAUACCAAGAUUUUUAGAGGAGGAGAGCAAGAGAGUUGGGGGUGAGGUUGAGGGUCUGGAGGUGCUGCCAGCUGGGGAAUAUAUUGUCGAGAGAGAUAUCAAUGUGAGACCUGGGGGAAAAUUGAUUCUACAGCCUGGCGUUACCUUGAAAUUUCCACCGGCCGUUGGCAUGAUGGUCGCUGGUAAAUUGGAUGCCAAGGGAAGGGGUCCCAAUAGUAUACUUAUGACCCUGAAGGAGGAGAUACUCAUGGAUAAUGAUAAUGAGACUCUCACUGAGGAUAUGACGAGUCCUGAUGAAGGGGUCACCAUUGGCAAUAUCAUUGACGACACCGAGAGGGUGCCUGUUAGACUGCUCGGUGGUAAAACAAGUCGUGAGGGUAGACUUCAGGUCCGAAUUGGAGAAAAAUGGGGAACUGUUUGUAAUUAUGGCUGGGAUAUCAAGGACGCUGCACUUGUUUGCCAUCAGCUUGGUUUGACUCUCGAUCCUGACGACUGGAAUCUCGAGAGAUCCCAGAUACCCAGUGCUGGGACUAACGAGGAUAUUAUCUUGAGUAAUGUCCAAUGCGAUGAGGAGGACAUCGAUGUCGCUGCGUGCAAGGCUGAGAGUUCCAGUGAAUUUGAAAACUCGUGCACUCAUGAUAACGAUGUGGGUGUCAGGUGCUCCGAGGCAGCCUGGGCAGGUCUCAGACUUGGACCACUAGCUGAGAGAAGUGAUCUUCAGUUCAUCACAAUUGAAAGAGCUGGAUUACUGGAUUACAAAACAAAUUCCUUCAAACCAGCUCUUCAAAUAGACUUUGCUCGUCACUCCUUGGAGGGCGUCAAAGUAACGAACAAUCUUCAGGACGGACUUGGGAUAAUCUACUCAGACAUUUACUCGGCAGACGCUGUAAAUACCGUGAAAAAUAGUGACUUCUCUGGAAAUCGAGGGAGUGGUAUAAGUUUCAAGCAAUUGGGUCUCCGAAUAUCAAAUUCCAGAAUCGAGAACAACGGAUUCGCUGGAAUCAGGCAUAAUCCUGCUCUCUCUGCAGUACAGCAAAGAGAAUUUGCAGGAUGGUUCAUGCAGCCCAUGACUCAGACCAUUGACAAGCCAUAUGAACCGAUAAUGAUACCCGAUAACUCUCGAAACAUCGAUCUCAUCACGGGUGACAUAAAGUAUAUCGUGACAUCCAGGAGACAAGGGGAGGAGAGCUUGAAGCGCUUGAUACAGAUCAGAUGUACCCCUGGAUACGUGAUAGGUAUUCAGCUGCUGAAUCCCAUCGAGAACAGGAGUACUGAGCAGAUUAUAAUCUACGAUGCUUUGAGGAUUAAUCCCUGGAGUACAGUGUACCACGUGAAAAGGGACUUGUCAAUUUUUCCGGUAUCUUCAAGCUCCUUCAAUGUUAUCCUGGAAUACCACAGUGGUACAAACGCCUUAGGGGGUGCUGUUCUAGCUGUAACAACCCUCCAAGCACCAGCUCAAAACAUAAAAAACAGAAUCGUCACUGGCCCGACUCCAACCCUCUUCAUAUCUCGAUCGAAGAUCAAGGGAAACAGAAGAGGAAUAUCAGCGUCUUAUUACAAUCGAUAUCUCGACGAAUUUGGUAAUCAUUUCCUGAGGAAAGCCAACGAGUCCAUUCGCCUCAUCAACACCGAAAUCUCCCAUAAUUUGGAGGAAGCUAUUCACGUACUCUCUCCCCACUGGAACAUCUACACAUCAAAUAUCUCAGAGAUUUCAAUUCACGUUAAUAACACUCUGAUAACGGAUAAUGGCCGGGGCAUCUUGCAAUACAGUCGUGAUAUGAGACAGUCGAAUAAUCUGUUCCACUGGAUCAUGCAGGACAGCUCGAUUGAGAGAAAUCAGGGUGGAGGCUUCGAGGUCGCUCUACCCUAUGUCUGGCAGUACAACGAGAACUUCACUCACUCCCUGUAUUUUGGUAAUAAUACCUGGAGGGAUAACAGUAAUUUUGGAUUCAUCGUUGAUGGACACUAUGCAAAUGUCAAUGUCUCCUUCAACAGAUACGUAGGUAAUCGCUGUAAAGACGGAUUGAUGUCCAUCCGGGGAAUGGAGAAACGAUUGAGAAUCGAUAACAACGUCAUCGAGAAGAACACUGGAUCAUUUAUGGUGGAGUUCAGGGCUGACAGCCAAUCUGAGAUCCUUGGGGAGAUCCCAGCGCGUUUCUAUCUGAAUAAAAUAAGAGAGAACUCUCAUGGAGCUGUCACCAGAGGCAUUCACCAGAUGUUUGAUAAACCAACGUAUGUCGUUGGCUUUCAGGGAAUUCAGAAGGUCAAGGUCAAUCGCAAUUUAUUCGCUGAUAAUCCUAUGAAUUAUGAUCUAGUCGCCGGCAUUCGAACAGCUAAAAUCAAUAAUGAAGUCGAUGUCACUGAGAACUGGUGGGGAACGUCUGACGAGGGUCAGAUCAAGAAAAGAAUUUUCGAUUUUGAUGACUGGAAUAAUCACGCUGUUGCCAAUUUUCGGCCUUACCUAACCGGUGAAUCAUUUGACGCAUCGAUAUCGGCCUCCUGGGAGUUGAGAUCUGCAAUUGAUCUUGACAACAUCGGUGGCAGAAUAACCGAGAAUUUAUCCCUGUAUUAUCGUCCAGCUCCUUACAUCAUCAGAUCGGACAUCACAAUUAUGCCAGAGACAACAGUGAAUAUUUAUCCGGAUGUUGUCAUGGAAUUUGCACCGAACGUUGGAAUUCUUGUGCUUGGGACUCUGAAGGCUGUUGGUGCACCAGGACACGAGAUAAUAAUGCGACCGAUGAGACGAGAAGUGACACAGGAUGUCCUGCCAAAACCCAUCGCUAAGAGAGACAAUGCACCAGAGGGAACGAUUCGUUUGUGUAAAGAAGGCAAUUGUACCUCGUCCAACAGCGAGGGUUUCAUUGAAUUCUUCAAUCGCACAACACUCCAAUGGAUUCCCCUCUGCGAUCGUCGUUUCACAGAGAGAAAUGCACAGGUUGCCUGUCGUCAACUGGGACACGAUCCCCUGAAUAUUUAUGUGUCCCAUGGUCGCAGAUAUGAGCUGCAUCCAGGUUCACUGGCAAGAAUCUGGUCAUGGCCUGAACCAAUCCAGUGCACUGGCAGUGAAGAACGCCUCGAGGACUGCCAAAUCCGAUUGAACGGACAGCUUUAUGGUCACAAGUACAACUGCCCCUGGGACGGUGAUUACGUUUUUCUCAAUUGUGGAACUAGAAAUUUGGAUGACUCCAAGGAUUACUGGGGUGGAAUUAGAAUAGCUAACAGCGAAUUUGAGCAUCAUCUCUAUGAGCACAGGAUCCACGACGUCCAGACACACGAGACAGUGCGCAGGGUUGAAUCAGCCCUGAGAUACGUCAAUAUAAGUGGCGCAGGAAUUCUUCAUAAUGAAAAAUCACCGGCUGUUCAGUCUGUGAUGAAGAGCCCAAUAGUCUCUCACGUGGAGAUCCUCAAGUCCGCUUAUCAUGGGAUUAAUCUUGUGUCACCAACUCACACGGUUGAACUGCUGUUUAAUAUAAUUGACAAUGCCCUUGGGAAUGGUGUGAAUAUUGUCUCGCUGACGGGUGAGGGUCGAGAGGCUGAAGAGAGCUCUUUCACUCCCCUCAAGGAUCUCAAUAUCCCCUACCAUUUGUUCAGCCUGGUGGACAUAUGUGACACGACCAAGGAGGUCACCAUCGAGGAACGCGUACUAAUUUAUUACAAAUAUGAUAACAAUCCUGUGAAUUGUGUCAAAAUCUUCAGGAGUGCCUACAGGGCAAAACCCUUUGGCUUCAGACUUCUGCAAUUUAAUCUGUUUAAUUCAACGAAUAAUCCGGGGCGACACGAUGCCAUCACUCUUUAUGAUGGCGAUAUUUAUAAUGUCACUGCCAAGACCAUUGGAGAGCUUGAGUUCAACAGCAGAGAUGAGAAGAAAUUAUUCAGGACUGAGGGCCCAAGUCUCAGUGUCAGAUUAUUCGCGAAUGGUGCCAGUGGGGUUCAUGGAUUUAUCGCUGAAGUCGUGACUCUUCCGAUUUCAGCUAUUGGAUUUAAUCGAGAUGUUCAGCAUAAUGUUUCGUUCUCUAUCAUGUCGAAGUGUCAGGAGGGAGCUGUCAAGUAUGCCAGUGCUGGUGAAGUCAAUGCCAUCAUGACUCUGGAAAAAAAUCAAUUUAUUGAUAAUUGCCAGAAGCUUUAUGGAAAUUUUUCAACUUGCAAGUCCGCUGUUGUCCUGGAUAUCCAGAACACUCAGUCAUUAUUCUUCAGGAAUAAUCUCGUCAGGGGGAAUCAUGGGGGUCUCUCCGUGAGGGCUGACUCCAGGGGCUCCGCUACGUCGUUGAAAGGCUGGAUUCAUAAUAAUUUGUUCGCUGAUAAUUGGAACAAACCGGCAUUGUACGUCGAGGGCAGGCAGAGCAGUCCUUAUCAGGAGGUCACAAUUUUCAGGAAUUAUUUCGUCAAGAAUGAGGCGCCUUAUCAGAGCAAUAUCGUUCUCAGACAGGUUGUCAGCAAUAUGACACUUAAUUAUUUGCACGCCAAUCUGGGGCUUCAUCUGCUAGAGAUCUGUGGAUUCGAACGUGUCAGGCUGCCGAUUUAUCAGAGCACUUCGCAUAAUGGAUUUUAUAAAAAUUAUGCAAUUGAUCGACAAGGAAGAAGUACAAUCGUUGCUGGAACUCCUGGACAACAGUACGUGGACAACGUAUUCUUCAAUCCUGACAAUGACUACGAGAUUUUAACAAUCAAUCGUUCACUAGUUGUCGGCAAGGAGUGGUACGAUAAUCAACUGGAAGUCUGGAGAUCUCACGUGGAUGCGAGACAUAACUGGUGGGGCUACAACGAGACAACAGCGGUUGCUGGAAGAAUUCGUGACAGGAGCGACUCACCAGAGCUCCUCCAGGUGGAUUUCACACCAUUUCACAUGAACAAUGAGUCAGUCCUCAGUGGAAAGUGCCCCCCAGCCUGGGAUUUGGUCGGCGAUACGUGUUACAUCUACAUCGGUGCACCAAUGGACUUCUUCAGCGCUCGUCAAUUCUGUAGGCAGGCAAAUGCCUCGAUGCCCUUCAUUAUGGGUGAUUAUCUCCAGCUCUGGAGAUUUUUGAGACGUCAGCAGGAACGUUUCGAGUAUUCAGAGCGUGUCUGGGUGCAGCAGCUGGAGCGUAUCGACCAGUGCACCACAUUCACCUAUCAGACUAUUGAAAUUGAUCAUUGCAGUCAGCCGAGCCCCUUCAUUUGCGAGAUAGACCCCAGAGUGUACAUUGAUCCAUUGUCCUGGAGACGUGAUAUCGUUGCUGUAGGGGUUUUGGGCGCAAUUGGAGCGGCUCUCGCUCUUUUGGCUGCUGCAAUUGGAUUCUGGAUUUCAAAGUCCAAGAGGCGGAAAAUUGAGAGAUUGGAGAGGCGUAACUCCAUCAGGCAGUCAUUGCACUCGUUGAGAUCUGUGGGAUCUACUUCUGGAUUUACGGAACUCGCUUAUAGGCGAAAACCCGUUCCUUCGAAAUCAACUGACACCCUCACCUCUCGCUCUCUGGAUUACAAAAAAAUGAUGAAUGGCGGUAGCAUAGACUCGAUGGACAAGUCUCAAUUGAAUUCAUCAAUGGAGGACAAUCAAUCCUAUGACGUAUACGAAGCGCACAACCCCCGGUAUUCCCCCAGCACAAGUGAUUUCAAAGGAGCUCAAAAAUACGCAGUACCCCACGUGGAAACCCCAGUGUUCGACUUGGCAUACAGAAACGAGGGAUUUCGUAAUCAUUCAACCUUCACCUCUCGAAACAACAGCAACUGGCCAUCGGUAGCCAACAGUGAACUGGCACCUGGUGAUUCACCAACAGAUCCAAUCGACGAGCCCAAUUACAAUGCAUCGACUCUACCCCUGAAUGCAUCCCUCGCUAUGACAGAUUCCAUAACAGAAUUGAAACGUGAUAUCGAGACAGCACCAUAUUCUCCAGUUGAAUUCACGUAUGAUGGGGCACAGACUCCGGGUUCUGAACCUGUUCCUGAGUAUUUCAGUCCACCACUGCCACCACAACCAUUUUAUUACCAGGAGAGGCCACGAAGUGGAACUCUUUUGGAAACAAAUCUUGACACUGGCGAGGAGAAACCACUUCGAUCAAAGAGCGAAGCACUUUUAGAAACAAAUUUCGAUGUCUUUCUUCCCAAUGAACCGACGGAGCUGACGCAACUCUCAGCUGAGGCUAGAAGCAAAAGCCAGCCACUGGAGACGGCCAUGUAGUCUGGGGGCUUCACCGUGCAAAAGUACAAAUGAAAUGUUAUUGAGAUUGAGUUAUUUAUGACUUAUUGGUCACCGCAUUAUUACGAAUGAAGAAAUUCUAUAGAAAAAAACUAAAUGGAGAAAAAUUAUUUCUCACUACUGAAUUUUUUCGUACGUGAUAUUUUCGAUAUGUAUAUAAGCAUGACAUAAUUACGUAUUUUAUCAUAUUGAUUUGUUUUGAAUGAUCAAGAGUUUUUGUGCAUGUGAAUGAUUAGUGACUCUGGAGUGAAUAAUUAAUAUUGUUAUUCCCCGUUUUGUUGAUUUGAGAUUAUGAUUUUGAGGGAUGAACACUGCCAGACUCUCAUGGGGGAAUAUUAUUAGCGCAACAUUUGAUUUGUGAUAUAGAAAACUCGUGUGAGAAUUAGCGAGUAUAAAUGAUUAGGUUAAUGAGAUGUUAUGAAUUUAAUGAAAUGAUAAAUAUAGCAUGAGUAUCACGUGUUCCUCGGUUUAUAGAUACUUCCAAUUAUAAUUAUUGUUUACACUGGCAUUCUUAGGAUAAAGUCAGCCCUAAUCCGUCCAAAAAUCGUUGUAAGUUAUUUUGUAAGAUUUCCUAGUUUUUUAAGAGUAUCACUCGUCGUUUCGGUACAUGUGGGAAGAAUGGUUAUUUAUACUGCCUUAAUUGUCGUUAUUUCUCCGUUGAUCUCGCACACCUGCGUUUCUAGUUAUUGCGUGAACUCCGUUCGAUUAAUUAUUGAGUUUAUGUAUAAGUAAUUUAUUGUUUGGCAACCGAUUGUUAGUUAUACAUACUUGAUAUUAUUGUCCCUCACUGUCGACAAAAGAUUUUUUCAAACGGAAUAAUUCUACGCAUCACCUGUGACGUUCGAAGGUUUUCUUUAU